AUGGGCCGGCGUGCUGGGGAUCUUCCCAUCAGUCCAAUGGGUUACGAUCUUCCACCUCAUUCGGUGGUAUCAAUCUCUUACGGAGAUCUGCAUCGCAAUUCUAAACACUGGCCAGAGCCACAGAUGGCCCCAAGAUCGUCCCAAAGAUGUUCCACCGCCCGAGGAUUGCUUUUCUUUUGUGCUCCACCCGGUAUCUCCGCCCACAACAAGCCGAUCACUAACAUUACAUCCAUUGAUAGCUUGCAAGUGUACUAUCCGUUGUGGGCCGGAAGACACUCUUGCAUUGGCAAGAAGUGA